AUGAAGAGCUUGUUCGAAGCAUUUCCUGAAGGCAUUAUCGUGGAUUCGGCUCACCAUACACAUUCAAACUGCUACAAAUUGUUUAGUUUUGUUGUUCACGACGUAUUUGGCAAGAGUGAAGAAAACGUGAAUUUGACUCGUGUUUUGGAAAUGUUCAAAGAAAACAACAUUGGCCUCAAAAACAUCCAAGUUGUGAUGACCGACAAGGCGGUCCACGAGAAGGCCGUACUUUGUGAGAUGCUGCCCCAAGCACGUCCGUUGUUGUGCCAAUGGCACGUGAUUACUUGGCUUAAAAAGCAAGCUGCUCGCUACGUUGGAGCCGGAAAGGCGGACGUGAAGUCGUUACUUAGUAUACUGGUAUACGCUAAGAGCACAGAGGAGUAA